CUCGAUCUGAAUUCAGCGGGAAGUCGGCUAUAUUUGCUGGAUUGAUUUGACAGUAGGGAUCAAGAGAGAAAUCCAAGUCAAUCAGUCGCUCUACGUUCAAUUAUGGCAGAUGAAAAGGAUGAUGCUCCAGAGUCUCCAGAACUUCAUUUUGAACCUGUUGUGACCUUGAAUCCUGUGGAAAUAAAGACGUUAGAAGAGGAAGAGGAAGAAAUAUUGAAACUGCGAGCAAAACUUUUCCGCUUUGACAACACAUCAGAGCCUGCCGAAUGGAAGGAGCGAGGUACAGGAGAGGUGAAAAUUCUGAAACACAAAGCCACACAUUUGAUACGAGUACUGAUGAGGAGAGAUAAAACACUGAAGAUAUGUGCAAAUCAUUAUAUAUCACCUCUCAUGGAACUGAAACCAAACUGUGGCAGUGAUCGGGCGUGGGUGUGGUCAACACCAGCAGAUUUCGCAGAUGAGGAGUCCAAACCCGAAUUGCUAGCAAUAAGAUUUGCAAAUGCUGAAAAUGCUCAGAAGUUCAAGGAGAAAUUUGAAGAAUCACAGAAGUCAGUGGAGGAAACAGUUAAAAAAAGCACAAAAUGGCGUUUCAGAACAGAAGUCAACAGAAGAUUCACAGGAGAAAUCGAAGGAAAAAUCCAAGGACAGUGAAGCUGAGACAUUGACAGAAAAACUUGGUGAUAUGUCAGUGAAAGAGGAGGCAGCAUCAGAUGUCUCAAACAAAAGUGAAACGAAGACUGAUUGAUAAGGACAGUGAUUUUAGAGAGGAGAUUUUUAUCAUGUGGUUGAAACCACAGCAAACUCUGGUCAAGACAAUUCCAUUACAGGAGCUGGAACUGACUGAUCAGUUUCUGCAGUGGAACAAAGGGUAUUUUAAUCCAACAUUUUAGUGACCCUCGAAGCCACCUUGGUGCAGCCCAGUGAUCCAGAUAGGAUGGACAGUUCUGAAAGCAUUACUCGUGAAAACAUUCACAUCAUAUUUUUUUGUAAAAUUCAUGUCAUUUAAAUCGUGUAUUGGCUGGAUGGUCGAAGGUGUUCAGUGCUGUUUAUUGUAAAUAUUCCCUGCUUUUAAAGAUCCCAUGCACAUUCACAAGUGAUAAUUUAUUACACAUCUGAAUAAAACUUGAAAUAUUUGUGUUUUAGUUACUUGUGCACAUGGAAAGUAUUGGUGAUUCAUUGUUGGAUUUCCGUCAAAUGUUGUGUCCGCAAAGGAAGAAAAUGGUCAAUUUUUGGAGGAAAACCUGACUUCAAAAUAUUAAAUGGAAUUUUACAGAAUUUUGUAAUGGAAUAAAUAAUGCAUCAUGCUGAAA